AUGACGUUCGAAGACCACAGGCGGUGGUUAUUCGAUGAUAACGAUUUGGAUGUGUAUAGGGAGAAUGUUUCCAUUCGGUCGUUCCACCACCAGCUCAAAACAAUCAGUACUUACAAGUUUAUCUACAACAACUACGACGAUGAGAGAGUAAUAUUAGAAGACCAUAUGUAUACAUCAGCCUAUGGACAUUCCCUCUAUUUUGCAAUAGAAAGAGUUUAA